CUGGUCAUGGCGACGGUGCGUUCGCGUCCAUGAGGCGGGAAGCACAAUCUCUACUCUCUGUACAAGUGGAUUAACAAGCAGAAAUUAAACAAUGGCCGGCGUCUUCGAUAUUGACCUUGAUCAGCCGGAGGAAAAUGUUUCCGACGAUGAGCUUGAGGAGGCUCAGAUCAAUGACAUCAUGGAUCAGCGCAGUGGCUUUGAAUUUAACAUGGACGACUGUGAAAAGAUAGAGAUAUCAGAGGACAAUGUAAACCAGGGCACAGAGAACAUACGUCCUGAAUGCUUUGAGCUGCUGCGUGUUUUAGGGAAAGGUGGCUAUGGAAAGGUGUUCCAGGUUCGGAAGGUGAGCGGGGCAGGGUCUGGAAAAAUAUUUGCCAUGAAAGUCUUAAAAAAGGCUAUGAUUGUGCGCAAUGCCAAGGACACAGCUCACACCAAAGCUGAGCGCAACAUCCUGGAGGAAGUGAAGCAUCCUUUUAUUGUAGAUCUCAUCUAUGCCUUUCAGACUGGUGGCAAGCUUUAUCUCAUCCUUGAAUACCUAAGUGGUGGAGAACUUUUCAUGCAGCUGGAGAGGGAAGGUAUUUUCAUGGAAGACACAGCUUGCUUUUACUUGGCAGAAAUUUCUAUGGCCCUCGGUCACCUGCAUCAGAAGGGCAUCAUCUACAGAGACCUCAAACCUGAAAACAUCAUGCUCAAUAGUCAAGGCCAUGUAAAACUGACCGACUUUGGACUGUGUAAGGAAUCCAUUCACGAUGGCACCGUCACGCACACUUUCUGUGGCACUAUUGAGUACAUGGCCCCAGAGAUCCUGAUGCGGAGUGGACACAAUCGAGCUGUUGAUUGGUGGAGUCUUGGAGCUUUGAUGUAUGACAUGUUAACUGGGGCACCACCUUUUACUGGCGAAAACCGGAAAAAGACCAUUGACAAAAUUCUUAAAUGCAAACUGAACCUCCCACCCUACCUCACACAAGAAGCCAGGGAUCUUCUUAAAAGGCUGCUAAAAAGAAGUGCCUCAUCUCGACUAGGAGCUGGACCAGGUGAUGCAGCUGAAGUGCAGACUCAUCCCUUCUUCCGGAACACUAACUGGGAAGACCUCCUCGCCCGGAAAGUAGAACCACCGUUCAAGCCUUUUCUGCAAUCUGCUGACGAUGUGAGUCAAUUCGAUUCGAAGUUCACUAGCCAGACACCUGUAGAUAGUCCUGAUGACUCCACACUCAGUGAAAGUGCCAAUCAGGUCUUCCUGGGCUUUACAUAUGUAGCUCCAUCAGUGUUAGAGAACAUUAAGGAAAAGUUCUCAUUUGAACCAAAAAUUCGAUCACCUCGCCGCUUUUUAGGGAGCCCAAGAACACCUUUGAGCCCUGUGAAAUUUGCUGGCGAUUGCUGGCCACGAGGUCCCAGCAUGCCCGGCCCUUCCUCUUUGCAGUCUCCCUCCGAGCAAGCUAUGGAUGUGUCCACUUCCGAGCAGAUGGAGAUCUCUUCCAGCACCGAAGUCACCGCUCCACUACCUAUUAGGCAACCAGGGGGCUCCACCAUGGGCGCGUUCACACAGCAGGUGUACCCCGUGAUAGCAAAGCGACCAGAGCAUUUACGCAUGAAUCUAUGACCUUAAACCGAUCACCUAGAGAAUGUACUCCAGUUUGCUCUCAGUUUCUUUUUUUUAAGAAUACUAGGGAGAAAAUGGAAUUUGCCACCAUCACAGAGACUAGGCUGUCGUUCACUGAUCUGAUGAGCAUGUGCACAUCAGUGCGCUACUAUUUCACUACUUCAGUUCCUGACAUCCCAAAAACUUCAGACCACAUGCUUCCCGUCAUAUCUGAGAUGGAAUGUAAGGAUCAGGCACUCUUUUUGGAAGCAUUUUUUUUUUUCUUUUCUUCUUAUUGUUUUUUUACAUUAUUGUGUCAACUGGACAUGAAACACUAGACGAACAACAAUCGAAUCUGACUGACACUGUUUGCUCAGCGUGCAGACUAGGUGACGUGGUGCUCCCUGCGAGAUGAUCGGGUGUCGUUAAAAGAUGGGAUGCUCUGUGGUUUUACAGUAUUGCUUGGCAAGCCGAGGUGGAUUUCCGUCUGAAUGAGAGGUCACUGUUAUUUGAAAAAAAAAAAAAAUGAGGGGGGAUUCCAUCAAGCAGACGUCGAUAAACUGGCUUAAAGUCUUAUUCUCCCAGUGUGGUGUGUACGUCCCACUGGGAUGUUUAGAUGAUGGAUCAUUACAUAAAAGCCUCAAUAAAGACAAAGACAUUUGACUUUUAAUUCUCUUUUGUGUUGUAUGUGCUUUGAAAAUCAUGAGGUGUGAUGAUUGAGACUUUAAAUUCAUUUUUUUAAGAACUUGCCUAUAUUCAGAUUAAAUUAGUCCAACUUA